CCGUCCGGAUGAGUGCUCUAGCUACGGGCGUCCGUGGCAGCUUACACUCAGGAGGAGUCAAAGCUUUGUUUGUUGGGGCGUUCGCUGUGCUCCAGGCAGAGGCAUUCAGCACCGGAACAUCGCCACGCAUGUCGGUGGGACCUCGGUUCAUGAUAGAUUCCCAUCUGCAUAUUUGGGGGGAAGGGAAACCUCCAUUCCCGUAUGCCUCGGGCCAGGAACCACCGGAAAGGCUGCGUGAAUCGUGCGGCCCCGAAACCCUAAUCCAGGAGAUGGACGACGCCGGCAUCGGGGGUGCGUUAAUUGUGCAGCCCAUCAACUACAAGUUCGACCACUCUUACGUGUUGGACGCCAUGAGCAAGUGGCCGGGCAAGUUCAAGGGCAUGUGCCUCGCCAACCCAAACUUGAGCCCCCACGAUGCAUGCGCUGAGCUGGAACGAUUGCAUGACCAGGGUUUUUGUGGCGUGAGGUUCAAUCCCUACCUUUGGCCGCAAGGAGGCGAGGGCAUGAAGGAUGACACAGGCGUGGCACUCUUUCGAAAGGCGGGCGAGUUGGGCCUUCCAGUCGGCGUGAUGUGCUUCAAGGGGUUCGGACGUCACGUUGAAGAGAUUGAGGCGUUGCUGCUCUCAUCACCGCAAACCAAGGCAAGGGGAGCUCUGGUGGUGGAUCACUUUGGGUUCUUCCUCCAGGAUGGAGAGAUCGACGAGACGGCAUGGGAGCAGGUGCUAGCGUUGUCCAAGCAUCCAUCAGUAUUCAUAAAGACCAGCGCUCUGUUUCGGGUCGCCAAGGACCCUUAUCCGUACGAGAGUCUCAAACCUCGAUUCGCAGCGUUGAUCGAGCACUUCGGCUCGAAAAGGCUUUUGUGGGGAAGCGACUUCCCCUUCGUCUCGGACGGGCAGUGCGGGUACGGCCCGGCUAAAGACGCUGUGUGCAAUGCCAUGGGUCUCAACGAGGAGGACGUGCACAACAUCACCGGCGGCACGGCACAAGCACUCUUUGGCUCUUGGGUGGAUGAUGCGUAGCGCUAGACUGCUUUAUUUUGAUGCUUUUUCGGACGUAGUUCAGUAUAUACGGUAGGUGGCAACAUGUUCUUUUGUAUUUCAGCUUUGAAGGGUUCUGUCGUGCUUCUUUGCAGUCGGUGCAGUCGCGGUAUCCUCACCGCUUGCCUUCGGGGCUGGGUGGUUGUUCUGGAGAGGUACUCGAAGCAAUGCUAGGCAUGAGGCUAAAUGCGAGCUUCUUUCCUGCCGUCGCGCUGGUUGAAAUGUAUGUCACGUGGCAUGCUACCCACAGGUGACAUCACAAUGUAAUUUGUGCAGGGGGGUUUCAAGGAACGAUUGUGGAACGGGUCAGUACAUGAAGCAAUGAAGCGGCUUGACCUGACCCCAUCCAGAAGUUCGGUGAAAUAUUUGCUUGAGCUGUACGUGUAGUCUAGGUGUCGACUCUAAGCACCGACGGGUGGACGGCGGAAAAUUGACAUCCGAUACGUGAUAUUUUCGGGGUGGCAUAUCAAUGUGUCGAGCUUGUCAUCAGGUUGAGUUCUGUGCUCCGUACGAUGUACUUCGAAGUACAGGGUUAGUUAGACCCCAAGGCACGCCAGUCCACGGUGCUAUCUUGUCAUUUCGAAUCAUACGAUCAACGAAAAAAUGCCGUUGUCUUUCGCGGGUUUCGAGUGCUUUGUGCCAUCUGUUACUGCAUCAAGAUCGGGCAGUGAACGUGUUGAAAGCGCUUCCAUCUAAAAAAAUGAAGGAUAUUAUUUUGUGAGCCUUUUGGAGUUUCGUGCCGAGGCACUCGGCGAUAUCGUGUCCGGCCAAGCACAUGGGUGGCAUUGAGCAUUGUGUUUUCUCGUCCGAAGGUGUGCUGUUGCUGGGGAUUCACGGUCGUUCGGCGCGUGUACUUGUAGCUGCCGCUUAGGCUGCUUGUGCGUGCAGCACGAAACUUUCACAUGGGAUCAAGCAGCACAAUGAAGCAUCACAGGAAGCAACACUGAAAGGAUCGACGUUAGACAUGGUGAACCAAACUGAACAAACACUAGAGCAUCU